AUGCCUGUCGAUUUUGCUAAGCUCGAAGCCUACCUUGCCUCUAGAUCCUACAUCGAAGGGUAUACUCCGUCUCAGGCAGAUGUGCACGUUUUCACCGCCAUUUCCACGGCUCCUCAAGCUUCUGCAUUUCCCCAUGUAACCCGCUGGUACAACCACAUCAAGUCCUACGCUACGGAGCAUGCUUCGCUACCCGGCUCCAGCAAGGCUGGUGAGCAAUUCAUCGGCUCCGCGGCUGCCGUCACGGCAGAAGAGGAAGACGAGGACAUCGACCUUUUCGGCGAAGACGACAACGAAGAUGCGGAAGCCGAGCGCGUCAAGGCAGAGCGUGUCGCCGCGUACAACGCCAAGAAGGCGGCAAAACCCAAGACUGUGGCGAAGUCCGUUGUCACCUUCGAGGUCAAGCCGUGGGACGAUGAGACGGACAUGGCUGAGCUUGAGAAGGCUGUGCGAUCCAUUGAGAUGCCCGGCCUCGUCUGGGGUGCCAGCAAGCUCGUUCCUAUCGGCUACGGCAUCAGGAAGCUGCAGAUCACCAUCGUCAUCGAGGACGAGCUCGUCUCUCUCGACGACCUGCAAGACAAGGUGGCCGAAUUCGAAGACUACGUCCAGAGCUCGGAUAUCGCGGCUAUGCAAAAGCUCUGA